AUGGCGCAAGACCGUCGCCAAUCGUUCAUAGCAGAACACCCCGUCCGCUCCUCCAAAAACGUGCAAUACCUCGACGAUGACGAAAUCAACAAGUUCAUCGACGACCUUGACCACAAUGGUGAUGGGAACAUAGACUACAGCGAAUUGGAACGAAAACUCGACCACGCGCACCAUGAGCUGGCUGUCAAUAAUAACUCCCACCCUAACGAUGACCAAGCCCGACACUCCUUCUUACGUAGCAUGAUGGGAUCCAACGCCCAACAAGUUCCCCGAGACGAGUUCGCACUCCUUGUGCGCAGCUGGAAGAUCCCUUCGCUUCAACAAGCCACCAAGGCGGAGAAGGAAGAAAGGAGAUACUUCAAACAUCUCCCCGGCUGGCGAAGAAUCCGCGCCUACUGGGCCGUCCACGCGGCCGAAGUUGGCUUCAUAGGUCUCGUCGUCUCGAUGCAGUUGGCCUUUGGCAUCUGGCAGCUCGUCAAGUAUCAGACCACGGGGCAGUAUCGCGCUGCUUUUGGCUGGGGCGUUGUCAUGGCCAAGACGUGUGCGGGUGCUCUAUAUCCGACCUUCUUCUUUCUCAUCCUCAGCAUGUCGCGCUACUUUUCCACUUGGCUGCGCAGGUCGUAUCAUAUCUCACGUUUCUUCAACUGGGAUCUGUCACAGGGGUUUCAUAUUCGCAUCUCUUGCGUUGCCAUUCUCCUCGCUACGCUGCAUGCUCUUGGCCACCUCACGGGUUCUUUCGUCCACGGCAGUGACCCUGCCAACCAAGACGCCGUUGCCAGCAUGCUCGGUCCAGAUAUGGUUCCCCGUCCUUAUAUCGAAUACGUACGAUCACUUCCCGGUUUUACUGGAAUUACUGCUCUCGGACUUUUCUACCUGCUGUGCUUGCUGAGCAUGCCUCAAGUGCGUAGGUGGAACUACGAGGUCUUCCAGCUUGGGCAUCUACUCAUGUUUCCCAUCAUUGGCCUGAUGAUGGCUCAUGGCACUGCUGCACUGCUCCAGUGGCCCAUGUUUGGCUAUUUCCUCUCCUUUCCGACUCUGUUGGUAUUGGUUGAGCGAGUAGUUCGCAUUUUUCUUGGCUUCCAUCCCAUCAAAGCUAGCAUGAAGGUGUUGGACGCAGACACGGUCGAGAUCACGGCCACGAUACCUAGCGAACGUCUCUGGAAAUACAAAGCUGGCCAGUACAUCUUCCUCCAAGUCCCCAAAAUCAGCUUCUUCCAAUGGCACCCAUUUACUGUAUCUUUCUGCCGUGGAAACAGAAUGAUGGUGCACAUCAAGACCGACGGCGACUGGACUGGCAGGUUGCGUAAACUGGGAGGAGAAUCCGGAGAGUGUCAGAUUGAUGUCGGCAUCAACGGGCCUUUUGGUGCCCCGGCGCAGCGCUUCUACGACUUCAAUCACACGGUUAUUAUCGGUGGAGGCAUUGGUGUGACCCCAUUCUCGGGCAUUCUUGCGGAUCUACAGUACAAUGAUGAUCUAGAUCGUGGUGGUCCUGGGCAUAGAAAGAGCAAAGACAUUCAGAAAGGAAGCAAGAACGUAAACGGCCAAAGACAACCCAGCAAAUUCGAUGCUGUCGGUCCGGACCUCAUCAACGAGCAGCGAAAGCCUCAAGCCGACGACUUCCACACCUUCGCCGAAAACUAUCGCCGCGUUGACUUCCACUGGAUGGUCCGCGACCGCAACUAUCUCCAAUGGCUGUCCGACCUUCUCAACGAAGUCUCUCUCAGUCAAGAGUGGCACCGGACACACGAAGAACACCCAUGCCUCGACAUCCGCAUCAACACACACGUCACUGCUAAAAAGAAGGAGAUUUCUACGCACGUCUACCGUUGGCUGCUUGAGAUGCACCGCACUGAGGAGCACCCGGCCUCUCCACUUACGGGAUUGCUGAACCCCACGCAUUUUGGGCGGCCGGAUUUUGAUCUGGUCCUUGAUGAACAUUACGAGGAGAUGCUCAAAUUUCGAGCAAGUAAGAGGCGAUCGACGACGAAAACGCAGGAUUCACGGGUUGAGAAUAGCAGAGACGAUGACGAGGAAUUGAAAGUCGGCGUCUUCUACUGCGGUGCGCCUGUUGUGGGCGAGAUCUUGGCGGAUAAGUGUAGAGAGCUGACGACAAGAGGUCGGCAUGACGGGAGUAAGAUUGAGUAUCACUUUAUGAUUGAGGUGUUCGGAUAG